AGCAACCACCCAGGAAAGGUGUUGGUCCUGGAUUCGAAGCUCAGACCAGGACAAAUUUUUCGACAACUAAGAGGCUUUUCUUUCUGAGAAGUCUGUACGAAUUUCCUUGUGGCUUUGUGCUACAAACAAGUGGUUGUCUUCUUUGCCUUUCUCAAACCAAUCUUGGACUCACUGUUUGCAGCAUCACUUUUGUACCAUUUGAGAGCGGCCGACGAAAGGAGGAGAUUUUCCUCCUGCUGAAAAAUUUGGAGCUUUUGAACAUAAAAUCUUCAAGUGGAACUGCAUACUUUGUGAAUGAUUUCUUCGGCAAGCACACUUCUGUCACCGUCCGGGAGGUGAUUUAUGGUUUAUUAAGUGCCUAUGACAAGAAGGAAGCACGGAAAUUUAUGAAGAAUGUGUGGCCCAUAAAGCCAAGGCAAGGCGAACAAGAUUUUCGCGAUGCAAUUGUCUCCUGGCUUUCAACACUUAAAGACAAACACCCUGAGGCAGCCUUUCUUCAAGUACGCAACUUGCACAUCCUACUGCCGGCAGGUACACCACGGAACUUGUUGUUCCUGACCGAGCUUUCUGCAUUAGUGCUUGAAAGGAAACUAAAUGAAGAGGUAGACCUGGCGGGUGACGCUGUGCCUCCUACUGCCAUCAAGUCUGCCACAAAGAAAAACACCUGCACUGCCACUGCUUUGCAAGCACAGAUAAUUUCAGAUGAGCAACAGUGCAGGAAGAUUGAAAGCAAAAUAAACGAAUGGAAGUCGUUAUUAAGUGACCUGCUUCAAGAGCUGGGCAUUCCAGCAAAAAAAGAAACGCCUGAUGAUGAUCUGACUGAAAAGCUGCAACUGACUCUUGAUAGCCAAGCCGCAAAGUAUAAAGAGGUAAUGAUGGCAGUCAAUGAAGCUAUAAGAUGGCUUCGAAGACGGGAUUCUGUCGUUCCCACUGAUCUGAUCGGAGACCUGCAAGAGUGUAUAGAGUUCAGCAAGCACUUCUUUAAUGAUGAUGAGCAGAAAGCCCGUGUUAAGAAGCGCUCAAGUUUAUCCCGGGUUUGCACUACAUGGGAAUCUCUGAAUGAUUGCCUAAAAAAAAUUCAUGCAAUGAGACAAGCGCUCGAGGAGAUAGCUGCUGUCUUCCGAACACUCUACCAUCGACCCUGGGAAUCCAAGCAUUCGGAUGACGAGAUACCUGAUGAGUCGUUUGACAGUAUAACAAAGGGCUUGGUACGCCGCUUUAUCCCUGAGGAUCCAGAGGAGCGACUUUAAUCAGUAGGCAUCAUUCUGUGUAAGCUGUUUGAU